AUGUCGAACACUUUUACCUCUGAUGCUGCCGACUUUUCUGCACCAAGAGAUUCGACUCACUCUGAGCUUGAUCAAGUUGAACAAAGUCAAUCAAGAAUCACAGACCAACUCAUCAAAGGUUUCUCUGAUUCCGGUAUUAAAAAAAGGCUCGAAUGCCCCACAACUCUUGAAUACAUCAUCCCAUAUCCUCCUAGUUCAGACAAGGAGAUCCUCAAGCUGGCUGCCGGACUGGAUAACUGUUUGGAAACUCGAGAAGGAGCACGGCUUGUAAUGAGCCACGCCACACAUACUCCUGAAGCAGUUGAGCAGUGGAGUCGAUACAUCCAAGCAAAAUUUUGGCAAAGCGGGCGUCCUCUUCCACGGCCGAUUGCAGCACCGCACUCGGAGAGUUCUCAAGGUUCAUCGCUUAUGGGAUCCUCAGCUCAUAUACCCGCUUUGGAUGGUUCCCUUUCCCUUGGCUCUUCGCCCGACGGCAGCGCCCCUCAAUUCGAAUUGGCUUGUCGAAUGCCCGCUGCUCAGAUUCUCAACGAAAGCUGUUCACUCCUCAAUCUUUCUCACCAAAUUCACCUGGAGACGGCAAAAUGCUCAAAUUCCUACCUUGAACAAGUUGAACUCUGGAAGCUUGCACGCGAUCUUGGAACUCAAUCUUGGCUCACUUUUAACGAGUCCAGCACAGUUUCACCUCAAUCGAGCUCAGACCAGUCUUCGACACCAGUGACUUCUAUUCAGACUCACUCGGUAGGACGCAGUUUUGAAGAUGAAAGGACCAAUCAUGAUCCAGAACAACAAGAGCCAAAGAAUCUGAGCAAGCCUAUCUUUCUCAACGAGCUAAGCCCAAUGGAGACGAAACUAGACUUGGCCGAGGAAUCCCCUACGACCGUUUCUGAUACACCCCCCUCAAUCAUGAACAAGGCCGGUCAAAUGAUGGAGUAUGAGGAUGUUUUUAGCUUUCCAACGGAGGAUUCCCGCCGUAGUGAGAGUCCUGCCGUCCAGCUUGAAAAAAAGUAUUGGCUGAGGACUGUUCCCACAAGAAGCGAGCUUUCCGGUCAGAAAAAGCAAGCCAGAAGUCGUGAAGAAGAUAAAACGAGCAUUGAUGGAUCCCCAGUGUUCAAGCGGAUCAAGAGGGUUUGA